UGAGCUUCUUAUUCCGAAAGGACCUUUUUUCUGUCCUUCUUUCUGUGUGACGGGCUGUUUGGAACAGCUGUUUCUCCUGGAUGGUUGCUUUGAUAGACCGAGUGACGGAUCAAGCGGAUGACGUAUCAUAUAUCCAGGCUCGUAAAUGAUAUCGCGAAUAUUCCGUGGGGAAAAUGAGAAUGUCGCGGUCAAACGCAGACGGCAAAUCGACACUCUGAAAAUCUUUAAUGACAAUGUAAUAGAACUCAGAGAAAAUGUGGACUAUCAGGUGGAAUUCCAGGCUGGCGAGAGACGAAUGGCUAUUGUGGUUUCUUUAUCGCCAAACUUUCCACUGGAGAAACCAGUACUCAGAGUUUCCCCACCGAUAAGUCAUCCUUGGUGCAACGAGCACAGUGAAAUCACUAGUGCGCCAGGAUUAUUAAACUUUUCAGUACAUAGUGAUCUCGGCCGAGUUGUCCAAGUUAUUAUCAGAGAAUUCAGUAAGAAUCCUCCGCAAUUGCUGGAGGAUAUUUCACCUGGCUCAACAAAAUCUCACAGAGACUUGCAGGAGAGGAACUCGCCAUCUUAUUCGCUUCAGCAGUAUCCUGUUGAGAUCCCGUCAACGUCGUUCAAUUCGUAUUACAGCACGCAGUAUCCGCAUCUGUCGUCCUCCAGUGCGAACACGUGCGUUUAUAAUUACAACUACACAAAUUCGGGACAGACGUACGUCUCGGAUUCGAAAUCGUUCGGCGGCACGUCGCAUCACUCGGCGUACAUUCCGAGCUCGAGAAACAGCUCUCUUCACAAUGCCGCGUCCACGCAUUACACCUCGGCUCAACGCGGAACGUCGUACUUGAAUUCGCAUUACGUUAACGCGAAUUAUCAGCCGCCGUUGCUGAGUCAGCCGCAGACGAAAGUUCCGCAGAGCUUGAUAUUUCCCGAAUUGAACAACUUGAGUAACGAGGAACUGAAGAAGCUGAGCGAGGACGACGACAGACUCGAUGAAUUUCUGGAGAAACAUUCCCAAAUUAAAGAAAUCAAUACGGCAAUCGAGGAUGCUAUGGAAUGGGUUGAAAAAACUGCCGAAGCCAACGCAGCCAAAGAACCCGAGCUGAAGCAGCUGCAAGCCGACGUAGCGGACAAGGUGAAGACAGUGGCGGUGUUGAAAGCCAGAUACGAUCAUCUCAUACAACGAUAUAACAAACUGUCCGAGGUCUUUACGCCGGAUCACAUAAAAGAUUGUCUGAGACGUGCGGCCGACGAGAGUCACGAGGAGAGCGAGAAAAUCGCCGAGGAUUUUCUCAACCGGAAGAUCGAUGUCGAACGUUUUCUCAGCACGUACAUCGAGUGCCGGAAACUGGGCCAGGCAAGACGAACCAAGGAGGAGAAACUGGCGCAUCAACUGAACGAGUUGAAACGAGCCGGCUUCUGAGAUGACAUAUUCAUAAAAAAAAAAUUUUUUUUUCUAUGAAUCGAACAAAACAAAAAAAAAAAAAACAAAAACUCUUGUAAAUAAGACUUAGUUAAAUUAAAUCUUCUUUGCGAGUUUGAAUUUAUAUUACCAAAUAUCUCUAAUGUGGCUCUAGAGAAACUACGGAAGAAUUCGCUUACAUAUAUAAAAGUACACGCUACGUCCUAAAUUAUUUUAAAUCGUCGCCUAGCAUUCCAACCGAAUUGAAACACUCACACAUAAUAAACGUAAUAUACACACGCAAAGUGGCGCUAAACGCAAGUGAUUAAAACUCAAGAGUGCUUUAAGAUUAACCUCUAUGAAAUACGAUUAUUGCUGUGUGUUUCGGACUCGAUUCGAACGAGAUAAAUCAGAAACGUAUGUAGUGAACGGCUGAGUCCGCGCUGAAAAAACCCGUGUAACAAAUCGAAAAGCAAAAAAAGAAACAAAAACAGAAGAGUACUUAUUUCAUAGUGAAAACAACAUGGCUUUAAUUAUGUUAGUUUUGCACACGUGUGUGACACGUACCCGUCGCGAUCAACUCCAGCAGAGAUACGUUUUUUACUGGUGUAAAUAAAAAAACAAAAACAAAAAAAAAACAAAAAACAAAAUGCGCAGGGAUGUAAUUAUAUAAAAUCAAUUUUUUGAAGAAAAAAAAAUUGCUAUUCGGUGACGUUACGUUUUUUUUAUUAUUUAUCCUGUGUGAAUGUUCCUAAACGCUGUAACAUAUAUUUGAAAACUGUAUAGAUACAAUGAAGAGACGAAAGCAAAACACUGUUGAAGAGAUUUGAAAUUUCCCUUGUCCUUUCGUAAAUGUCUAAAAAAAAAAAAAAAGAAAAAAAA